GCCAAGUCUCUCCAGCCUGAAGAACAACAUUAAAGCGGUGACUCGCCAGGAAGCUCGGGACAACAUGAGACAAUGGGCCAGUGCGGGAUCACCAAGUGCUUACUGGUACCUACAGGCAUUACAAAAUCCCGACCCCCUUCCGCAAAACCUGGAGAGGGAAUCCAGAGUAAACCUACACAGACUCCGUCUAGGUUACAAAUGCUUCAAUGAGUUACAAAACACCUAUGACACUUGUCCACACUGCCACACACAGACCAUGUCCCCACUCAUACACUACAUUGAAGAUUGUCCAGCAACAGGGACAAUGCUCAACAGAAAUAGUGGCACCGCUCCAGAUAUACUGAGACAUACACCACAAGACACACUCAUAGAGCUAGUACGGACGUACCCUCCACCUCGUUAACACAAACACACACACACACACUCACACCCUCACCAUCGUCUUCGGACAUCUUGCUGUUAGGAUAGCUGUGGCUCUGCCAAAAGCCCAAGGGAAAAAGAACUAACCUCAAACCUAAGAUCUUCAUACCACCUGUUUCCCCGGGCCGCCGAAAGGCAAAGGCCCGCGUCACUCCAACGUGACAAAUCUCAAAAAAAAAAAAAAAAAAAAAAAAAAAAAGGAAGCGCGGGCAGACUCAGCUGAGUGUUCGUUGUGAGUUGUUGUUACCACAACUAUGGCACGUACCAAGCAAACGGCUCGCAAGUCCACUGGUGGCAAGGCGCCCCGCAAGCAGCUUGCUACAAAGGCAGCUCGCAAGUCUGCUCCAGCCACUGGAGGUGUCAAGAAACCCCACCGUUACAGGCCUGGAACCGUUGCUCUCCGUGAGAUCCGCCGUUAUCAGAAGAGCACUGAGCUGCUUAUCAGGAAACUGCCUUUCCAGCGCCUGGUGCGUGAAAUUGCUCAGGAUUUCAAGACUGACCUCCGCUUCCAGUCCUCUGCUGUCAUGGCUCUCCAGGAAGCUUCCGAGGCUUACCUCGUGGGUCUGUUUGAGGAUACCAACCUGUGCGCCAUCCAUGCCAAGCGCGUGACUAUCAUGCCAAAGGACAUCCAACUGGCUCGUCGCAUCCGUGGCGAGCGUGCCUAAGAAGUCAUCCACGAAUGAUCUU